AUGCCGGAAGACGAAGCCGCAGUAGCGUCCCGGCCUUGCCAGAAGAGCGUGGACCAGGCCGACUCGGACAAGGAGAACGACAGGCCGUGCACGCAGCCCGACAAGGUGACGCCCGAGUUUCUCAGCAUCCACGUGGCGACACCGCGAGCCCGUUUUGCGUGGCAAGAUCUGGCCGGCACGCCGGUGGCGCCACGUGUGCGGGAGUCGCUGGGGAUAUCGCCCAACGCGCAGUUGUCGUGGGUGACGGACGCAGACACGGAUGCGGGCACGGUUCAGCUGCCGGAGCCCGUGGCCGCACCGCCGUUGGGCGGCAGUCGCGGUGCCAAGCGGCCACGAAGCCUGUCGCCGCCGUCGUCUCCAUCCAGCGCGCGUUCACGCAAGGUGGCCCUGAACGUGCAAAAGUUCAAGGAGGCCCUCAAGACGGCGCUGGCGAAUCCGGUACCGCCCGUGGCCCGCACCCGGCUCACGCGCCACCACACGGCCCUCGGCACAGGUACGGUCAAGACCAGGGCAGCAGCAGCAGCAACAAAAACACAGUCCUCGGGACCGGGACCACAGACGGCACAUGCCAACGACGAUCCAUCUCCCCGCAGCGACUCGACGCUGCGCCGCGCCAUGAGCUGCGGCACGCCCGUGGCAAAGCGGCAGCGCGUGGACGAUGUCCGGCCACCCGUUCGGCCACGGCCGGGCGAGAUCGCCGACGAAGCAGACGCCUUCUUUUCUGGGCACGAGCCGAGAGCACAGCAGCUACACCCUGCACCACAGGCUAACACCACCGAGACCUUGGUAGAUACAGAGUCGUUUGGUCAGCCGGCUCCAGCAGAGCCUGCCAAGACAGACGCCGACACGCUCUCCGACUACGGCGAUGACUUCUUUGACGAGGACAUCCUGGCCGAGAUCGAUGCAUCCAUAGCGCCGUCUGCACCGGAACCUGCACGGCCGGGGAGCAAGGAGAGUCGGGGCGCGGACGAGUUUGAAGACCUCGACGACGACCUUUUCGCGGCAGCCGAGGAUCUGAUGGCCGAGAUGGAGGCAGAGCCACGACUGCCGCAGACUCGGGGGCCGCAGCCACGCACGCCGCCAGCCGCCGCAGACGACAUGGAAGACAUGUACGGCGAUGAGUUUGGAGCAGACUUUGACUUUGACGCGGCAGAGAAGGCGGCGACACAGGCGGUCUCGCAGGCCGGCCACACAACGGUUUCACGGGCCGAUAUCCCAAGCUGCGCCGCCAGCGGGCCCAAGCCGAGGGUGAUCCAGCGAUAUCUCGUGACGAGUGUGACGACGAGCUGGUACACGGACGAGCGCGGGCGAGAGGCCCAGGAGAAGGUGAGUCUGUUCGCGUCCGGUGGUGGCUGUGCUUUCGGCCGGCUAACAGUCGCGCAGGUGCUCGUGGUGCAGGGAGAACGGUCCCAGGCGGCGAUGACGGUGCGGCUACGCGGCGACUGGGCCGAAACAGCCGCAAGCGAGAAGGCGUUUGUGCACGUGAUCGGAGAGUUUGACGGGCAGACGCGGACAUGCGUAGUGGACAACGAGCACAAUAUGCUGAUCCUGCACCCGGACCAGCUGGUGUCGGCAACGGUGGUGGCCGACUCGUUCACGUGCACGCGGCGAGCGGUGCUGCAGGACCGGGUCAAGGCGACGAGCGAGCCGACACCGGCGCUGGUGUAUGGGACGGUGCUGCACGAGAUCUUCCAGGACGCGCUGAUGGCGAACCGGUGGGACGGGGCGUUUCUGGCGGCGACGGUGGACCGGGCGAUCGAAAAGCACCUGGAGAAGCUGUACACGAUCCGGGUGCAGGCGGCAGCAGCGCGCGAGCACCUGCUGACGCAGACGCGUGAGCUGCAGGGCUGGGCCGACACGUUCCUGGCGACGACACCCAAGACAAGCUCGAUCGUGCAAGGACGCAACGGCGAGCGGGUGCGGAUGAGCAUCAACAAGCUGCUGGACGUGGAGGAGCACGUGUGGUCGCCCAUGUACGGGCUCAAGGGCAACAUUGACGCGACCGUGCAGGUGGUGAUGGAGGAGGGCCAGCAGGGCCAACAAGGGGGCCAGACGACAAAGACGACAACACUGACGGUGCCGUUUGAGCUCAAGACGGGACGCAACAUGAGCAGCAGCCAUCAGGCGCAGACGGUGCUGUACAACCUGUUGCUGACGGACCGGUACGACAUUGCGGUGCAGUACGGCGUGCUCUUCUACAUGGAGAGCUCGCAGAUGCUGCGGGUCCCGGCAAUCCGACACGAGCUGCGCCACAUGAUCAUGCAGCGCAACGAGCUGGCCGGCCAUGUGCGCGAGCGCAGCGUGCGACUGCCGCCGAUGAAGCGCAGCGCGAACGCGUGCGGGCGGUGCUGCGCGCAGGCCGCCUGCUUUGUGUACCACCGGCUGGCCGACGGCGGCGACGGCGAGACGAGCGGGAUGGGCGCGCCGUUUGACGAGGCCGUGCGCCAUCUGACGGACCAGCAUCGCGAUUUUUUCCUGCGCUGGGAGGACCUGCUGACCAAGGAGGAGCGCGAGAGCCAGCGGCUGCGGCGAGAGCUCUGGACGAUGAGCAGUGCCGAGCGGGAGAGGCUGGGACGCUGUUUCGGGGAGGUGGUGUUAGGGGGAGAGGGUGGAGAGGGAGGGGUGGGGGGGAAAGGAGGAAGAGAGCAACAAGCCGCAUCCAGUGGAAAGAUCAACCGGUUUCACUACUCCUUCGUCAAAGAGGACCCGCCAGCAGGCUUCAGCUUUAUGGACUCACAGCUGGUGGUGGGCGAGCCGGUGGUGGUGUCGGACGAAAAAGGCCACUUUGCCCUGGCGAUUGGGUUUGUGACAGCAGUCCGACGACAACGAAUCGACGUGGCCGUGGACCGGCGACUGCACAAUGCGCGGAUCCGGCAGCCUGGCUUUGACGAAAAGACGAACCAGGUCUUUGCCGGGAUCAUGGAGGUGGGCGGGCGCGAAAAGGCAGAAGCGAAGGGAGAGCAGGUGAAAGAAAGGCCGACACGCUAUCGACUGGACAAGGACGAGUUCAGCAACGGGAUGGCGACGGUGCGCAACAACCUAGUGCAGAUCAUGGCAGGCCCAAAGGCCGGCGACGCGGCCGAGGCGAUCCGACGGCUGGUCGUCGACCUAGAGGCGCCACGGUUUCGGGCAGAAGUGAAGACGGAGAAUCGGUCAGAGACAGAAGACAGUGGCUCAGACGGCCAGCUCAACGUGGACCAGCGCCAGGCGAUUGCCAAGGUGAUGCGUGCACAGGACUACGCGCUGGUGCUGGGGAUGCCGGGCACCGGCAAGACGACGACGAUCGCACACAUCAUCCGGGCGCUGGUGCGACAGGGCAAGAGCGUGCUGCUGGCCUCGUACACGCACACGGCCGUGGACAACAUCCUGCUGAAGCUGAAGCCGGGCAGCUCGGCCGAGAAAGUGGGAAAAGUGGAUCACUCGGAGAUAUCGAUUCUUCGGCUCGGAGCUCCGGCCAAGGUGCACCCCGAAGUGCGCGACUUUGCCGUGCUGGCCGAGGCACCAGCAACACAGACCAGCUUCGAGGCCAUCCGCAGGGCGUGGCACGACAGUCCGGUGGUGGCGACAACGUGUCUCGGCAUCGGUCACGCGCUCUUCCACGAGCGCACGUUUGACUACUGCAUCGUGGACGAGGCCAGCCAGAUCACGCUGCCCAUCUGCCUAGGGCCGAUCCGCAUGGCACGCACGUUUGUUCUGGUCGGCGACCACAACCAGCUGCCACCGCUGGUGCAGAACGACGAGGCCCGGGCCGGCGGCCUGGACGUGUCGCUGUUCAAGCGCCUGUCGGACGCGCAUCCGGCAUCGGUGGCCAGCCUGGCGCACCAGUAUCGCAUGUGCGAGGACGUGAUGACGCUCAGCAACACGCUCAUAUACGGCGGCCGUCUGCGCUGCGGCUACGAGGCGCUGCGGCACCGCAGCCUGGCAGUGCAGCUGGAGGGCCUAGGGGUGUGUCAUGGGGGAGGGUCACGUGAUAUGAUUGGUUGCCGAGGUAGGCCCGAAGAGCCCUGCUGGCUGAGGGACCUGUUGCAGCCGGCCUGCCGGGUGGUCUUUGUCAACACGGACGCCAUUGCGGGCAGCCGCGAGGAGGCCAAGGGCAACCGGAUCGUCAACCCGUGCGAGGCCGAGCUGGUGGCCCAGCUGGUGGCCGGACUGUUGGCCGUCGGCGUGGCGGCAUCGGACAUUGGUGUCAUGACGCACUACCGGUCGCAGCUGGCGCUGCUGCGCCAUCGGCUGCGCGGGAUGGGUGGUGGCAGUGGUGGCGGCCUUGAGAUGCAUACGGCGGACCGGUUCCAGGGUCGUGACAAGGAAGUGGUGGUGCUGUCGCUGGUGCGCAACAACGAAGCCUGCAGCAUCGGUGAGCUGCUCAAGGACUGGCGGCGGAUCAACGUGGCUUUUACGCGGGCGAAGACGAAGCUGCUGGUGGUCGGCAGUCGGAGCACGUUGAGUGGAGGAGGAGGAGGAAGUGGAGGACGAUGGGGAGACGAAAGUACAGAAGAAAACGACACCAAUCCCGAUCCCAAUGGCGACAUGCUCGCCCGCUUCGUCGCUCUCAUGGACGCCCGCGACUGGAUCUACAACCUGCCAGCCGACGCGCUCGAGAGCCACCGGUUGGACGACGUGCCGGCCACACAACCGCCAUCGUCCAUGCUGUCGCCAGCGGCGGUUGGCCGAUCACCUCUGGCACGGAGCAGCCGGGACAAGGAGAACCGGCAGCCACUGCGGCGGGUGCGGCCGGCCGAGGGCAUCCUGCUCAAGGGGAGGCCGGUGUUGCAGGGGAUCCUGGACGACAUGAUGGGGGGGAGGUAUUGA